UGAAAAAGCAAAGCAUUAGGAAGAAACUUACUAAGCAAUAAUGGCAUCUUCAGUGAUGGCUUCAGUGAGUCUAAAACCAUCAUCUCCUUUCACCCUUCCAAAAUCAUCAGUCAGAGGCAUCCCUACUUUGCCUAAAAGAUCCUUCACAAUUCAAGCCAGUGGUGUCAAGAAGAUCAAAACUAACACCCCUUUUGGUACUGGUGGUGGCAUGGACUUGAGGGACGGUGUUGAUGCAUCAGGAAGGAAGCCCACGGGAAAGGGUGUCUACCAAUAUGUUGACAAAUAUGGUGCUAAUGUUGAUGGUUACAGCCCUAUCUACAACAGAGAUGAGUGGUCUCCAAGUGGUGAUGUUUACGUUGGUGGUACAACUGGGUUGCUAAUAUGGGCAAUAACUCUGGCGGGUAUUCUGGCAGGAGGGGCACUUCUGGUUUACAACACAAGUGCUUUGGCACAGUAAACUAUUUAUAUUCCUAUAUUUUGUGAUGUGUAAUUAUAUCUACUCUCCACAACAAACAACAUCCCUAAAUUAUGUGUAAUUUGAUGUUUGUUAUGAUUACAUUUCAAUCUCAA